AUGGCCCCGUACCGGGACACCGGGAGCCCAGAGCACCUGUGGCCGCAGAGACGCUCGCACGCAGCGCUCGGAGUGCGCGGGGCCGGCUGCAGGCAGAUGGGGACGAGGUGUGCUCCCGGGAGGCCUCGGGCUGAAGGUGGCCCUCUGACAGAAGCGGCCCAGCUUGGCCAGGAAGACCCGCCUCUGCCCCCAUGCCUGGCCCUGCGCAGCUUGCGGCCCGGGGGCCUCGAAGGUCCCCGCGCACUCAGCCAGCGGCGUCUGCUGCGUCUGCUGCUGCUGCUGCUGCGUCUGCUGCUGCGGCCGGGAACCCGCGUCCAGACCACGCCGGGCACCUCCAGCACCCCAAGUCCGCGGGAGCGCACGCGGGCCCCGAGGCGGGACUUCCCGCUUGUGGACGGGGGGCUGCAGUGUGUGCGGGCUGGUGGGGGCCGCCACAACGACAUGCCCCUGGUCCUGAGGCAGUUUUACCACAAUGGGCUCCAGGAUGUUAAUCUGUGCAAUUUCAGCCAUGGCCAGACCAGCUUGGACAGGCUGAAAGACGGUCUCGUGGGUGCCCAGCUAGCUGCCCGGGGUGUGUGCAAGAACACUCGGAAUGUUCCUGAUGAUAUCCUGCAGCUUCUGAAGAACGGUGGCAUCGUGAUGGUGCCCUUGUCCGUGCGGGUGCUGCAGUGCAACCCGUUAGCCAACGUGCCUACUGUGGCAGAUCACUUCGACCACAUCAGGGCAGUCACUGGAUGCAAGUUCAUCGGGAUUGGCGGAGAUUAUGACGGGGCUGGCCGGUUCCCGCAGGGGCUGGAGGAUGUGUCCAUAUACCCGGUACUGAUAGAGGAGUUGAUGAGGCGUGGCUGGAGUGAGAAAGAGCUCUGGGGUGUGCUUCGAGGAAACGUGCGGCGGGUCUUCAGACAGGUGGAACAGGUACGGGAGGAGAACGAGGGACAGAGUCCCUUGGAGGAUGAGUUCCCAGAUGAGCAGCUGGACAGCUCUUGCCGCUCUGUCCUCCCACGUCUGCAUCAGAGAGAGGAUCGGGCUCCAGACCAGAAACUAACCAGAGCUGCGGAGCUCGCCGCUGCUGAGCUCUACAGAUCCCGCCCCUUCCACACAGUUCGCCAGUUCCGCGGCGAGCUCGUCUUUCUUGAUGUUCUUCCCUUAGGAGACGUGUACAACGCAGCAGGAUUCUCAACCCGUUCCCCGUGGUCACUUGUGCUAGACGGAGCUUUGCAGUGUUCUGUGCCGGCCGUGGGCCGCUGCUGGAACACUGUGUGA